GCUUCAGUCGCCGGCGGUUGCUUGAAAAUGUGAAAUCGUGUGCUCAAGAAUUCGGCUGUUGGGAUGGUGCGGUGCUGAGAGAUCAAGUGAAACUGACAAAACAUCCGCCCCAAGCCGCAGUCCGCUGUCUGUGAUUAUAGAACCCAUCUACUUGAACCUGCGCUACAGAUUGCGGUCGAACAAACAAAAACCUAAGCUCAAACCCAAGUGUACUCGAGCUGAUAAACGGGCUUUAAUCAAGGCGCUGGCACAAGGUACUAAUAAGGGAAAAACAAAGGGUAGUUACGUGUAGCUGAGCUAUCAUGAAUUCCACAAUUUCGCUGCUGCUGGUUGUCAUCUGCACCGUGGUCCUGGCCGCACAACAAAGCCAGGCGAAAAAGGGCUGCCAGGCCUACGGCCAUGUGUGCUAUGGCGGCCACGGCAAACGCUCCCUGAACUCCGGCGGCACAGGCACCGGUGCGGGCGACUCUGCAGCCGAGCAGGAGUAUGUGCGUCCAAAUGGCUUGCUGCCGAUGCUGGCGCCAAAUGAACAGGCACAGGCACUGCCCGAGGGCGACUUUGAUGACUACCCCGCACGUCAGGCGCUCUACAAAAUUAUGAAGUCAUGGUUUAAUCGCCCACGACGACCGGCUGCACGUUUGAACGAACUGGAUUAUCCACUGACCAACUCCGGAGAGCUGUUCAAUCGCGACGCAGCGCUGAACUAAGCCACUGACAACAACACGAACCAACCCACAUGGCCGUACUGCACCAACAACAACAACAACAGCAUAAGCAUCAUCAGCAACAGUAACAGUAACAGUAAACACCCGAUCCAACACCAACACGAACACGCUGCACUCUACACCCUGUCACCUACACCCUGUAGCCUACACCCUGCACCAACACAGCAACAAAAGUAAAGUGAAAGUGGAGCAACAAUUACUAUGAUAUGAGUGUUAUUUACCUACUUUUCGCAACAUGUAUAGGAAAUGUUUGAUAAAUGUCUACAAAUACGCGCAAAAUCUGCUUCGAAAAAAACUCUUAGAGCGCAUCACAACAAACAGCAAAAAAAAGUAACUGAAAUUUUUAAGGGGCUGGUAAGAAUUUCAGUACACAAAAAAAAAAAAGACAGAUGAAUAAAACCGAUCAAAUGCAA